AAGCGAAACUGAAACUUUGCGUCCAGUCGGCGGGGCGGGCGGCGCCUUUUCCUCAGUCGGGGCCCAGCUGCGUCCGGGAGCCCCCGCGCCCUCCCGACGUGCAGAGCCAUGGCCUUCAACCCGCGCCCGCCGUCCCCGCUCCUCGUGCGGGUGUCCGACUCCGGCGCCCGGGUACGAAGGAAGCUGGAGAGCUACUUCCAGAGCCAGCGGCAGUCGGGCGGCGGGGAGUGCAGCGUUCGGCCCCGGGAACACGCCGCCCCGGGCACCUUCCAGGUGGAGUUCAGUGAAAGGGCAGCUAAGGAGAGAGUGUUGAAAAAAGGAGCGCACCAAAUGCUUGUUGAUGACAAACCUAUGCCCAUUUUGCUGGUACCCACUGAAAACUCAAUAAAGAAGAACACAAGACCCCAAAUUUCUUCGCUGCCACAGUCACAAGCAGAAACACUGUCUGUUGAUACACAUCAAAAUGAUGGACAGAUUCCUAAUGCUGUGGAUUCCUGUCUCCAAAAGAUCUUUCUUACUGUAACAGCUGACCUGAACUGUAACCUGUUCUCCAAAGAGCAGAGGGCAUACAUAACCACACUGUGCCCUAAUGUCAAAAAAAUGGAAGGUCCUAAUGGAAUUGAGAAGGUGUAUGGUGACUUCCAAGACAUUGAAAAAAUACAUCAAUUUUUGAGUGAGCAAUUCCUGGAAAGUGAGCGGAAACAGGAAUUUUCCCCUUCAGCGACAGAGAGGAAGCCACUCAGUCAGCAGGACAGGGACAGCUGCAUUUCUCCUUCUGAACCAAAAACCAAGGCAGAAGAAAAAAGCAACUGUUUUGAAGUUCCCUUGCCUUACUUUGAAUACUUCAAAUUUAUCUGCCCUGAUAAAAUCAACUCAAUAAAGAUAAAAUUUGGUGUAAACAUUAAAAUCCAGGAGAGUUCUCCAAAUAUGGUCUGUUUAGAUUUCACCACAGAUCAAUCAGAUGACCUAGAAGCAGCUCGUGAGUCUUUUGCUAGUGAAUUUCAGAAGAAUACAGAACCUCUGAAGCAAGAAUGUGUCUCUUUACCAGACAGUAAGCAGGCAAAUCAAAUCAAACAGAAAUUGAAUCACCUGUUUACAAAGCUCCUUAUAAAGGAGAAAGGAAGAGAAUUAAUUCUCCUUGGGACCCAAGAUGACAUUUCAGCUGCCAAACAAAAAAUCUCUGAAGCUCUUGUCAAGGCACCUGUGAAACUAUUGACUGCCAGUUGGAUGACGAAAGGAAUUGAAGUUGAUAGUGCUCGCUAUAAGCUUUUAGAAGCUGAAUUACUACGGGAGGUAUCAGAGAUCGAAAAAAGGUAUGACACUUGCAUCAAGGUUUUUGAGAAAGGUCAGAAAACCUGCAUUCUGUUUGAACCCAAGGACAAGCAGGUAGAUCUAUCUGUGCAUGCUUAUGCAAGUUUCAUCGAUGCCUUUCAACAUGCCUCAUGUCAGCUGAUGAGAGAAGUUCUUUUACUGAAAUCUUUGGGCAAGGAGAGAAAGGACUUACAUCAGACCAAGUUUGCUGAUGACUUUAGAAAAAGACAUCCAAAUGUACACUUUGUGCUAAAUAAGGAGUCAAUGACUUUGAUUGGUUUGCCAAAUCACCUUGCAGAGGUGAAGCAGUAUAUUCUAAAAGGAGGAGGAACAGCUUCAUUGGCUGGAGAGAAAUUGAAUGAGGAUCCUGAAACACCGAUGGACAUUGAUAGUGAUGAUUCCAAAGCAGCUUCUCUGCCACUCAAGGGCUCUGUGAGUUCUGAGGCCUUAGAAGUGGACAAGAAGGAAAAGGACGUCUGUGUCAUCUGUAUGGACACCAUUAGUAACAAAAAAGUGCUACCAAAGUGCAAGCAUGAAUUCUGCACUCCUUGUAUCAACAAAGCCAUGGAAUAUAAGCCAGUCUGUCCCACAUGUCAGACUUCCUAUGGUGUUCAGAAAGGAAAUCAGCCAGAUGGAAGCAUGGUUGUCCAUGUUUCAAAAGAGUCACUUCCAGGUUAUGAUUCCUGCGGCACCAUUGAGAUUAAUUAUAACAUGAAAGGAGGCAAACAAACAAAGGAGCACCCAAACCCAGGAAAGACCUACCCUGGAGUACAUCGAAUUGCAUACUUGCCUGAUAAUGAGGAAGGAAGGAAGGUUUUGGAACUGCUUCGUAGGGCCUUUGAGCAAAAGCUGAUUUUUACAGUGGGGAACUCUCGAGUAUUAGGAAUCUCAGAUGUCAUCACUUGGAAUGAUAUUCACCACAAAACAUCCAAAUUUGGAGGACCAGAAAGUUACGGCUAUCCUGAUCCUUCUUACCUGAAACGUGUCCAAGAUGAGCUAAAAGCCAAAGGAAUUGAGUAAGAAAACUGGUGGAAGAUGUCUUAAAUCAGCCUUUCAAAAAAAAAAUAUUUUAGGAGGCUGACUUAAUGCCAAUCUAAAUCCUUACUCAGAAAAAACUUUGAAAUUUUUCAUUUCAAGAAAUGGUUUGUAUAAGAAUAAGAAUCUGCUAGUUUGUCA